AUGCUCUCCUUUAUCCUCAUCCAGAAUCGACAGGGUAAGACUCGUCUCGCGAAAUGGUACGCCCCUUUUAGCGACGAGCAAAAGAUCAAGCUCAAAGGCGAAGUCCAUCGCCUCGUCGCACCCCGCGAUCAAAAAUACCAGUCCAACUUUGUCGAGUUCCGAAACAACAAGAUUGUUUACCGCCGCUACGCUGGUCUUUUCUUCUGCGCCUGCGUCGACACAAACGAUAACGAGCUCGCCUACCUAGAGGCCAUUCACUUCUUCGUCGAGGUUCUCGAUGCCUUUUUCGGAAACGUCUGCGAACUCGAUCUUGUUUUCAACUUCUACAAGGUCUAUGCGAUUCUUGACGAGGUGUUUUUGGCGGGCGAGAUUGAGGAGACGAGUAAGCAGGUUGUGCUUACACGGUUGGAGCAUCUCGACAAGUUAGAAUAA